UAUAUCAUGGGACAUUGAUUUGACAUUAGUUUGAUAGUCCGCUUGGCCAUAUGAUGAAUUCGACAGCGCACAUAACCGGUCUUUUAUUGUUCUACUGAAUUACGUAUCCUUACGGUCCUUUUCCUCAGCGCUAGGUCAAAAGCACAUCAAUACCGCUAUAUACUUAUAGUGUGCCGUAUUAUGUCUACUCCAGCACAACUGUGCAUAAACGACACAUCAGAAAAGAUGGGAAGUGAAGGUAACAUUUCACUCCUCGAACCUUACUUCAACAGUAUCAAACAAGCGUUGCAGAGUCGAAGUUUACACCACCAAAAGGAUUUUCUAUUAGAAAGUGCUUCAGAAGACAAUUCUAAUCCUUCUUCGAACAUUGGAAUGGAAUACAACAAAGAAUCAACGGAAAUCACGACUGAUGUCAAAACGUCAUCAGAGGAACAAGACCUAUCGUUGGAAGCCCCAAGCCCAACGUUGCUUGAAGUUAACGGAAUAUUGCAGUCCACGAAUGCAAAGGGUGCCACAGAUUCGGGAACCUGUUUGGAGAAGGAAAAGGAAGAGGUCCAAAAUACCAGUAGGUCCAGUGCACCAUCGCUCCCGCUAGAUAAUGUUGAGUUAGUUGCUGAUGAAGAGCUGGAGGCAAAUGGCAGAGACAGGUCUGGAAGUUCAAUGAAAACUACUGAAGAUAACACAGCAGAGAACGACCAGCCUCGGUCCCCUUCGAACGGAAUUCAGAUUGUUGGGCGCGAAAAAGGGAAUGACGUCAAUCAUGCACCGCUGGCAACUACGAAUCCAUUAAGGAGAGCAUCGGACUUGAAUUACGGCAGUGCUGCCGAGGUUGAUGCAAGGCUGAAACAGACGUUCAAUUUUGAUGUCGUCAUAGCCUUGCUUCGGGAGACAGGUGAGGUUGUUAACAUUGCUGUGAAUUCAUUGGCGAAGCAUGUAACCUUCCAGAGCGCCGUUUUACAAUGUUUAUUUGGUGUCCUUAAGGUGUGUGAUGCUUGGAACUUGAUGCUGACAAGUUACAAGAUAACCGCAAACGAAAUCAUCGAACGACUCCACAUUGCAUGUUUAAAACUCGUUGAGGGUUUUCCGGAUUUUGCUAUGAAGGACAUUCAACAGAUCGAGGAGUAUGUCAGUCGGCUUACUGAUGCAAUCAAAAAGUUGCAGUUGUGUUUAGUUGAUGCAAUGGACGCUUUAAAAAGCGUGGAGAUGUCGAUUGGAGAUGAUGCUUUGGAGGCGGACGCACUCUUCAUUAUAAAGCGAAAAGAAAAAAACGGUGUUCUUGAAGUUGAACAAAAUAAGGAGGAAUACAGACUGAUACGACGGCGGUUUAGGAACGCGUUAUACUUGAAAUUAUUCGCAGAUUCCCCUACGGAAGCGUGUAAACUCUCUGCGGAGGAGUCUUACCAGGACAUAAUGAGACAGGGUGAUGUCAUUCAUAGAAGUUAUAAACAGUUUCUAAGUGAUGAUGAUCGAUUUGAAAUAGCGCGAAUGUCACUGACAGUUGCUCAUCAGAAGUAUUGCUUUCUUGCAACCUUGCUUGAGCGAGCCACAAUCUUGGUCGGCACUUGGUCGAACGAGUGCCGUUGGAUUCUUGACUCAGACUUUGGAGUUCAGAUUAAUCGAAUUAAAGAAAUGACGCAACAGGAACGCGUGGUGGUCUUCGAAGAAUCCCCUGUUAUGAUACAGCUUAAGCUUUACUUACAAAGGUGGCGCUCCAUUUAUAAAAUUUGUUCCGAGAACUUGUCCUCCAUACGGCCUGUCAGAGACCAGGUGGAACAGCUUUACACCGACAACCCUUACCCGGUGGAGGCGAUGGAUAGGGCACGGAAAGCUGCAGCCGAACACCGUGAACUCAGAAAUGUUCUGCGUUUGCCUAAAUGGUAUGAGCCUGUCCCUUUAGAGGGUGCAAUAUACAAAGAAGGUAACCGAAUAUAUGCUCUAGAACUUAUCCUCGAGGCCAAAAACGACACCAAGCCUAACUUGGGAUGGAAAGAUGAGAGCAAUCCAUUUCAAUCUGAUGAAUACAUUGAGGCAAAGAAAGUCAUGGACUUGUCAGAAAAACUGCUUCAGAUAGCCUGUGAAACUGCUCCGAGACCAUCGAACUACCGGAGAUGCCUUAGGGGAAUACGUCGGAGUUUUAGAAAAGUCCAACAGGCCGUGUAUGAAAAUAUUUUACAAUACAGAGAGGAAGCCGCAGGGAUUGCUAUUCACUUGUAUUUAGUGUGUUUGAGUUGGCUGCAAGGUCUGCCCGAGUUAGCCAAGGAUGGAUUUCAUUAUGGUGUGUUGGAUAUCGAGGGUUUGAAGAACCUGGCCAAUGUAAUCUGUUCGAAAAGCCUGACCUGCGAUGCUGAGAAAAUUGCGCUGGGUUUUGAAGAUUAUCAGCGGAAUACACUGGAGGGACUUAUUGAGAGAAUAGACAAGGAAACAAAAGAAAGGUGCGACUCUGAAGCCGUUGAAGACGAACUUCCUGAGGUCGAUCAGACAUGGUAUCAAACUCUUCGCCUAGGCGUAAUAGGAGAUCACAUUGGGGAGAUCGACGAUGUUAAACAGGCUGCCAUCUCUACACAAGCCUUGAAACUAGCCAUAGGGCUACCCCUGGAUGUACUGGUGAGAGCUCAUCUUAGCCUCGGGCGACACAUCGAGCAGCUGUUCAAAGAGAAGCAGAGGUUAUUAGUUGAGGUUGAUCCAACUGAGGUGUAUGCUCGCGGUAGUCAAGGCCAUAAUAGGAUGGACCAUGGAUUGAUGCGGCGUGUACAUGACUUGUGCAAAAGAUUGAAUGCCUUCCGUCUCUCUUGCGAAGAAGAGGCUGCCCAACUCGAAGAAGAACACAAUCCCGCUAUGUUACUGUCUACGCGAUCGACGGGUGUGUCCAUGACUCUGGAUGAAUGCGACAAUAUGGUGAAAAGGUUGGGUGACAUGGCGUUGGUCGAGAGCUUUCGGAAUGUCCUCACAGAAAUUGACGGGCACGUGCUGAAGUUUGAGGAGGUUGACGGCGAGAACCUUGCCGUUUUAUAGUAUUGAUGAGCACUUUAGCACACCAGAAUACAAUUAUCUCCGCUGACUUAAAAGGUCCAUUUUUCAUUCAUAAAGUUUGGCCUUUUUCUAAAAUCUUAUGCCAGAUCAUAGAUUGCACUAAUAUUCACCACAGGCAAAACUUUUCAUAUAAAAUGGUAUGCUCCGGCUUAAAGUAUAUGCUGCGGCCUUUAUGAAGCCGGACUUUAUGAAUGAGAAGCUGACCUCUUCAGUCCGUGGCCGGGAUAGAGUCGCCUGCAAGUAGAUUAUUCUUGUCACCACUGAAUACGAGGUGGUUGCGGCCAAGUACCUGCCAAGGCAAGGGUCCUAAAUCAAUGUCAAUAAACUGUUCGUAAGAGUUUCUUUCAGUCCAAAGAAUGUCGUCCCUUUGAUAGCUGAUUCCUCCCUCCCUCACGUAUAAUUAAAUUGCGGGCGUCAGUUCCGAGAGCCUAUCGAGCUAAAACUAGCUCAUCGAUUGAUUACUGCUUAGGCCUGAUAACCAAGAUGACCGCCUUGUACGACACGGUCUUUGGAAGUUGUUAUUUUUUUCCGUGAUUGAUUCAGAUAGAUUUGAUGACGCACUCCACUGUGGAAAAAGGUAACCGUUGUGUAACAAUCUAACGGGUUUCUAUCAACCAUGGUCUGAUUGAAUUAUAAGUUUCAUCGUGCCCUUUUGCCGCAUUUAUUCGUUCCGUUUGGUUCCGUUCCGUAAAUACAGAUUAAAGUACACGCCAGGUUGUUCCGUUCCGCAAAGAAGAUGCUGACUAUUUUGUCAUUGAUUCAGAAGAAUGGUUAUCUGGCUAUUGUUUAUUAGUGUUUUAUUCUGCUUCUGCGUAUAGGGCUUUUUGCAACGAAAUUAUCCAAUUGAGUAGAAUUUAUUACCGUCAAACUUUGUACUUCGCUUCCGCCUGAAUAAUUAUUAUAGGUUAUAAUGUUGUUUUUCAUUUGAAAAAAACACUUAGUCAUAUUAUGUUGGAAAUUUUGAGUUGUUUUUUCUUCUGUCAU